AUGGCCGGUGCGGCGUCUCCGGCGCCUACUACCCAAGGCGCCAGCUCGGAAACACCUUCAUCCAACACUGAGCAGAAUUCAUCACCCGGCCCCGGCAAGGUUGCGCUACGGAGCAAGUAUGUGCCCAGGGCCUGUCUCGAGUGCCGCCGGCGUCGUGUAAAGUGUGACGGCACAAAGCCAACUUGCUCUCGAUGCAAUACUCGCCAAAUACCAUGUGUCUACAACACCGACGAUGAAGGCCGUGGAAUCGCCCAAAAGUCGCAUGUGCGCCUGCGCCUCCUGCAGGGUCGGAUCGCUCUCCUGGAAAAGGUCUUGUGGCUGUAUUCUAUCAAUGUCCACGCUUCUACUGCUCAGCUGAUGCAGCAAAAUCUUGUGCCGGCUACCAUAACCUCUUUAACGGUGGCUCAACUGCUGCCCUGGACGGACUCUGUGAUACGUUUGAGAACACUCUGGCCCUUGAUAAGCCGCAAAACUUUGACCAGGACGGAGAGGCACGUUAUUUCGGCCAGGCCAGUGGUAGACGUGGCUUCAAGCCGCUCCAUGACAUCACUAAUUCUGCCCCAAGACGUGCCUCGGGACUUGCCCAUGGAGUCUUUGCCGCCAUCUGCGGACUCUUCGGCCCAGAUGUUGGGUGAGCAAAGAAGCGUCACUGGAGAGCUUGAAGCGCACCUCCUAGAGCAGUAUUUUACCCGGGAACGGCCAUGGCUACGAGUUAUUAAUAAGGCCUUGUUUCGCGAAAGCAGAGAGAACAAUGGGCGAUACUUUACACCUCUGCUGUUGAACUGCAUACUUGCCAGUGGUUCCCGCUUCUCAGAUCGUGUAGAGGUUCGCUCUAAUCCUAAUGACCCCAAUACAGCUGGUCGUAUAUUUCUUAAGACGGCCAAGAUUCUUCUCUAUUUCGACCUGAAGCGGCCAGACAUUGGAAGAGCUUUCGGUUGCAUGGACGCCUGCGCGGAAAUAUCUUUGCAGCAUGUUAAAGAUGAUGCAGGUUAUUCUGCAGGUCAGCAACAAGAGGUCACAACUUCUGAUGCUUUGACUGACCACCAAAACGGGGGUCUGUAUCCCACUUCUGAAGCAAGCCAAGUGACCAAUUUGAUGCAGCCCGCCGACGGGGUGUGGGCUGCACAAUUAGCAGACGCAAUGAGCCUGCCGUUGUGGCUAUUAGCGACAAUGGGCGACCCAAGUUUGGGGGAGUUUUCAACAGCGACAGAGGGAAUACCGCUUCAGGAUGGAAGCACUAAUACAUCGGAACAGAAUUGGGAUUGGCUUGAAGCGCCAUUUCCACGGGACUUGCUACCUAGCUGA